UUUCCAUGUUCUAUCAGCUGGUUCUGGUUUGACAUAUUACCUAACAAAGCUGUGCACUACCGGUUACUGUGGUAACUUUACUCAUUGAAAAGAUGCGGCUGCCGCUGCGCCUCUUCCCAUUUCUCCCCGCUCCUGUCCGGACAGCCUCCUCUGUCCCUGCGGGGAAGCUGAAUUUCGUCCCCGCUUGCAGCACCGCCGAUGCCCGCUCUCUGGAGCUGCUGCAGGAUUUUGUGUCCCGAUCCAGGCGGUUGUUUGUGGUCACCGGAGCGGGUCUGUCUACGGAGUCGGGCAUCCCGGAUUACCGCUCGGAGGGUGUCGGGUUGUACGCCCGCACCGACAGGAGACCGAUGCAGCACACGGAGUUUACCCGCAGCGCCAAGUCCCGACAGAGAUACUGGGCCAGAAACUUCGUCGGGUGGCCGCAGUUCUCCUCCCAUCAGCCCAACUGUGCUCACCGGACUCUGCGGAGCUGGGAGGAGAAGGGGAAGCUGCACUGGCUCGUCACCCAGAAUGUAGACGCCCUCCACUCCAAGGCAGGACAGACACGGAUUACGGAACUCCACGGCUGCGCCCAUAGGGUAACAUGUCUUGGCUGUGGCAGCAUCACCGCGCGGGAGCAGCUGCAGAGGCGGUUUGUCUCAUUAAACCCGGAUUGGAGCGCUCAGGCAGGAGCCGUGGCUCCGGAUGGCGACGUCUUCUUAGAUGACGAGCAGGUCCUGAACUUCAGGGUCCCGUCCUGUGAGCAGUGUGGGGGGAUACUGAAGCCGGAGGUUACAUUUUUUGGAGACACGGUGGCCAAAGCAACGGUGCAAUUCGUGCAGGAGAGACUGGCAGAGGCGGAUGCAGUGCUGGUUAUCGGCUCGUCGCUGCAGGUGUACUCAGGAUACAGGGUUCUACUGGCAGCGAGCGACAAGAAGAUGCCGAUCGCCAUCCUGAACAUCGGACCCACCAGAGCAGAUCACCUGGCAGGGCUGAAAGUGAAGGGCCGCUGUAGCGAAGUUCUGUCAGUCAUCCAGCCCCUCUGACCCCACGGACAGGUUUAGAGUCGUCUCUGCUCUGCUGACUGAACUAACUCAGACGUUAGUAAUUGACCAUCAGAACGAGGUGACGUGAAAGGAUCGAUUAGAGGGCAAGCACUGCUGUCCUGUCAGCACUUUCCACACUGCUGGAGAAAAAACAAAACGGUUUCAUAAGUCCAACUUGGGUGUAACGGGAAGACUCAAACUGUGUUUGGUUUGUUUCUGUUUGACUUUGAGCUGAACAUGACGAGGAUCUGUCGCAUCUUCUCAGAGUGUACACGGUUCUUUAGAGGUGCUGCUUUAAAAUGCAACUGUUUUUAUCUAAAGUGACUUUUACUGAAAGAUAUUUGGAGAAGAGCAAGUAGCUGCAGAAGUACAACUACUUAUUUGCAAAAUGCAAUAAUUAAAAUGCAACUGCUGUCACAGUGCAAUUAAAGAUUUUAA